AGAUCCGCUUCAAUGACCCAUGCCAGCUGCUAGUCGCUAGCUGCUUGCUGGGCCACAAAUGGAGGAAGCCAAGCAGGAGGAGAUCUUCAUCGCAGAUGUGGCGCCCGAUCAGAUCAUUUCGGGCUCCGCCUUGGAUCAAGUGGAACUGCUUGUGCGGUCCAUGGAGGACCAGUUUCGAGAGCAAGCCAUGAAAGCCUCCACAAACAUGGACCUGGUUGAAGCCAAAGAGGAGAUGAAAACUCUGAUGGACGACGUGUCUGCAGCACAGAGCCGGCUGGACCAGGUGGCCAAGAGCGCCAUGGACCUUCAACGAGACUUGGCACAAGCCAACGACCGCAGCCUCGUGUUCAAUGCGGAACAGCACCCAGACAUGGACAAGGAGGCACUGCUUAUAGCGGCGCAGGCCCACUUAAGGCAAUGCCGCUGUCGCAACAAGGCCGGCGAGCCGUGGCCCUUGUGGUCUACGAAGGCGGAUGAUUUGGGGGAAUACGGCACUGGAAUUGCCCUCUAUUUCAGAUUCACCAUCUCCUUGAGCAUGACAGUUCUGCUGGGUGCCUUUCUCACUCUGCCCUUGCUUUUGCUGAAUUUCACCGGUACGGGGCUCACGGAGGUGGAUGUUGGGACAGGUGAGCAUGGGAUCUUUGCUACCAGUAGUAUUGGAAACUUCCUCUCCAGCAGUGGAUCCAUCUCAUUGAGUCGCUUCGACAUCACACCAGCAGAUGUCGCCACCCUGGUGGGACUGCUCGAUGCCCUGGCCAUCGCAGCCGUGGCCCUGUUGGCGAUUUGGUUCGAACGGGUCGCCUUGCCGGCGGCUGUGAAGGCGGAGGCACUAACCAUCGUCACACCCGACGACUAUUCGAUCUUUGUGAGCAACUUACCUCGACGCCUCCCAGGGGAACUACAUCAGCAGUAUGAGCAGCUCCUACAGGAGCAUUUUGAGCGGCAGCUCAGUGCAGAAGUCACACCUGGCUUGCAACUUCAACACUUUAAAGUCAUCUCUCAGGAGGAGCAAUUCCUUUAUGAUCCACCAAAGAAGAGUUGUUUCAGCUAUUGCACACGUGGAUCCAAGGACUACCGAGGGCGCAAGGUGGGCGUCAUUGCCAGUGUGGAAGGCUCGUCAUGUUUAGUUCGCUGGCCGGAUCAUCGCGGCAACUUGGGCCUGGCAGAAGAAGUGGCCGUGGAUCGUCCUAGCGAUGCGACAGAUGGAGUGAAAGCACCUGGCUUGUUGCAGGCUGACCUCCUGACUCGGCUGGAAGAAAUGGGCUGUCAACCACCUCAAGGAGGACGCCAAGCCGUUUACAAGGUCAGCUUGAUCCGAGACUUUCGCGGGAAGCUGCACAGCAUGCGGAAGGUGGUGGAACGUGCCAAGAAGAUUGGUGAGCAGGAGAACCCAAGUCAAAGGGAAGCGCAAGAACAGGCAGAUGCAGAGGAAGAGUUGAACAACCUCGAUCUUGAAGACAAAGAUGUGCUGGGUGCAUUUGUCACUUUCACCUUCAUCCACUUCAAAGACUUCGUAAGCCAAGAAUAUCGCUUCUCUCGACUGCUGGGCCUCGGGCCGUGGUUACAGGGUCCCGACCAACGCUUCGGCGAGCGUGCUUUGCGUAUCUACCCUGCACCGUUGCCCAGCGACAUCUUCUGGGAGAACUUUGACUGCCCAACGACCAAGCGCCGGUUGAAGACGCUGCUGAUGGGCAUCACCUUUCUGUUAGUCCUUCUGGUGAUGGUCUUGGGGCUGAGCUUGGCGAAGUGGGGUCGAGAGCAGGCGCAGGCGCAGUCCCCGGAUUGCUCCAUCUACAAUGCCACAGUGUUGGCAUCCAAUGCGAGCGAUGUACCAGUAGACUGCUAUUGUGCAUCUGUUGGGAUUGCAAAUCUACUGCAGGACAAGCCCGCUGGAAUCAUGGAGACAUGCCAGAGCUACCUGCAGACCUUUGCCUAUGUUCAGGGCAUGAUCGUUGGUGCUGCUAUCUUCUCAUCGGUGAUCAACUUGGCUUCGGGACAUCUCAUCGCCGUGUUGGCGCACUUCAUGCAGCCGCCCAACUGGACGGCCUUGGAGGCAAGGAUCAUGGAGAUGACCUUCUUAGUGCAGCUUUUAACGCUCGGUGUGGUCGUCACCUUGGUGAAUGCCGAUUUCCAGUUUGGCCUUGGCGCAGAGAAAGGAAUCUUGGGACUCAUUGGCGCCGGUGACUUCCAGGACAUUGACCGUGCCUGGACCGCGGCCGUGGGGGUGGAGAUCUUGAUGCUUUUCAUCUUCAGCAUUUCCUCUGAGGCAGUGGCCGCCAGCUGUGUGCUUUGGUUCAAGUUUUCUUGCUGGUGCUUCAGCGGACGGAAAAAGACCUGGAAGGACAUGAAGGCUCUUUUUACCCCACCUGAGUUUGAGCUCGCACUUCGACAAGCAAGUCAGCUCAGUGCUGUGUGUGCUGCUUUGAUGUAUUCCAGCUGCUUGCCCAUCAUGACUCUGAUUUUGGCCGUCCGGCUUUUCGCCAUGUACUGGACCAGCAAGUUUGAGCUCUUGCGUGGCAGUUCCAUUCCGAAGCGCUUCUCUCACGUUUUGGCCUUGUCAGCGAGCCGCUGGGUCCAGGUGGCCGUGUUCUGUCACAGCGCUGUGGCUGUUUGGGUCUACGGCGACGCGGACCUCACAGGGACCACGCACUUGAUGUUUGACACGACCGAAGCCAACACUUAUGUGCAAGAAGUGGGCAAACUUCUCGGAAAUCAGUUGUCCAUUGUCUUGAAGAUCGUGGUGGAAAAAGCAAUGACUCCUGCAGCAAUGCCCAAUGCGGUGAUCUUGGCACUCUUUAUGUUGAUGUGGGGAAUGAAGUUGUUCUCCUUCUUCCUGGGAGAUGCGGAAUGGCAGCAGCUGAAGUCUGCUGUCCAGAAUCUCUUCGCAAAGGUGAUCCCCUGGCGAUUGGGUGGAUCGCAGAGGAGGAGCAUUUUUGAACGCCGCUUCGAUGAAGCUCCGAUGCAAGAGAUGCUUCGAAUGAAGAUCAAUCCCAGCUACGAGCUGUACCGUGCGGAGGGCUUUGAGUUCCUGAAGCCAGGGGAUGGGGAGCGCUCGAUUCAGGAGAUCUUGGCCGAAGCCAAGCGGCAGAAGGAGGAAGAAGCCAAGCAACUGCUUGCUCGAAAGCACACAGUGGAUGAGAAGCAACAGUUCCUACCUGUGCAGGUUGUCGGAAAUGCCACAGAGACUGAGUAGAUAGGACUAGUUGAGUCCCGUCCGCCAUCCUCCAGUGCUGGCAUGCUGGCUUGCUGGCCUGGUUAAUGUCAGUGCGUCAUUCAGGUUUGCCUCUG